AUGGGAGUUAUGGGCCCAACCGGACCGAGGGGGGCACCAGGUAUUUUCCGUUCAAACGUGUGCUCUAAUGAGAGAAAAGGUAUGAUAAAGUACAAUCAGCAAGUAAGGGAGGUAGAGUAUUGUGACGGUAACAGCUGGCUGACACUGUCUAUACUAACACCCGGCAAAUCGCCUCUUUUGCCUGUACCAUCGUGUAAGGAAAUAGCACUCUAUUACAAGUCUUCUGACAAAAAUGGAAAGUAUUGGAUUAAACCAUCCAACAAUGAUAUACCUUAUCAGGUUUUCUGUGAUGCUAAUGAAGGUUGGACUCUGAUCAUGAAAAUAGAUGGAAAUCAACAAAACUUUGUCUAUGAAAGCGAUCUGUGGUCAAACAAGGAAACAUUCCAACCAACUAAUUUAGAUUUGGAUGACAAAGAAGCAAAGCUGGCUUCGUAUUGGACACUACCAUUUACUGAACUUCGUUUGGGAAUGAAAGUAGAUGGAACGAUGAGGUGGAUCACUUUCAGCUACAGAGCAUCAUCUCUCUACAGUCUUAUUGCUGAUGGAAACUACACAAGCACGAGUAUUGGUGAAAAUAAGUGGAGAAGUUUACUACCAACGUCAUCUCUGCAGCAACACUGCAAUAGGGAAGGAUUCAACGCAAGAGGCACUCACUCGCGCUACACCUCAAAUCAUGCUAAAGCUCGUUUGGGAUUUCUUGCUAACAAUGAGAAUAAUUGUAAUUCACCAGAUUCUUUUCUUGGUUUUGGAACAGAGUACAGGCACAUCAGAAACAGUGCUGGAAACUACAAUGGACACGUAAAUACUAAAGCAAUUGCUUAUAUCAUGGCACGAUGAAAGGCUGCACUACGUAAAUGCAUGAUAGC